GUGAGUGAUUCUGUCAGUUCAUGCCCGUGUGAUUGGAUUGCUUGGAUUACAGAGCGCGCGUGGUUCUUUGCAAAAUUCGAUCCUUCCUCUGCUCUUUCUUCUAGACUUCGGUCCGCGAGGCAAGCAAUAAUUCAAGUGAUGUCAGUCUAAUUUGCUCGCUUUUUGCGGUGUGACUCUCGGUGUGUUAGCUGCUGGUGCUCCUCUUCGAUCCGGACGAAAGCUCGUGUGGGCUUUCCCGUGUGUGUUCCCAGAAGAGUGUUCCUCCUCGUUGAUCCAAGUAACCCGGGUGCAGAGCCACUUCCGGAUUUGUGUGCCAUUUCGUAAAGAAUUUCGUCAUCCGUUUUUUCCGUGAGGCCCUCGAUAUUGCGUUUGUUCUCAUUCGCGUGACCUUUUCGCCGUGUGUGUGAACGAACAGUGGGAAAUUCGAUUUAUCGCUGUGUUUUAUAAUCGGCCCCGAGCGACACAGAAAAAAGAAGGUGUUUGAGUGUUACCAUAUCCGGUCGUAAUCGGAAAUAUCUCCGCGCCGCCUACUUGGUUUGAGCCGAAAAUCGAGCGCGAAUUUCAAACGGGUGUCUUAGAUCGGAAAAGAGCUACUAUGUCUAAGAUGAUGAUGAAUGGAAGUGGCACUAAUGGCACUGCUGCCGUGGCCAACAACCACAAGGAGAUGCACCAGCGCUGUCUGAAUCCGUACCGUUCGAAGGUGACGGUGGUCCUCGGUGCCCAGUGGGGUGACGAGGGCAAGGGCAAAGUGGUCGACAUGCUGGCCACCGAAGCGGACGUCGUCUGUCGCUGUCAGGGAGGAAACAAUGCAGGACACACCGUCGUAGUCAACGGAAAGGAUUUCGACUUUCACUUGCUGCCCAGUGGAAUCAUCAAUGAUAAGUGCACAUCAAUUAUCGGAAAUGGCGUUGUAAUUCACCUGCCCGGAUUAUUCGAUGAGUUGGCCAAGAAUGAAGCCAAGGGUCUCACGAACUGGGAAUCGCGGCUUGUCAUUUCCAACCGUGCCCAUCUGGUGUUCGAUCUGCAUCAGCAGGUGGAUGGUCUGCAGGAAGCCGAGAAGGGAGGAAAGUCUUUGGGAACCACCAAGAAGGGCAUCGGCCCAUGCUACUCGAGCAAAGCCACCCGCAAUGGAAUCCGAGUGUCGGACUUGCUGGGAGACUUCAAGGUGUUCAGCGAAAAGUUUGAAUCACUAGUCAAUAUGUACAAGAGACUAUUCCCGAAUUUUGAGGUUGAUGUUGCCUCCGAACUCGUCAGAUACCGCGACUAUGCCGAACGGUUACGACCUCUGGUGCGCGAUACCGUUUCGCUGGUGCACGCAUCGUUAAAGGAGGGCAAAAGCGUCCUGGUGGAAGGUGCCAAUGCCGCUAUGCUGGACAUUGACUUUGGUACCUAUCCCUACGUCACAAGCAGCAAUUGCAGUAUCGGUGGAGUACUUACCGGUUUGGGGUUGCCCCCGCAAACCAUUGGGGAAGUUGUCGGUGUGGUAAAGGCCUAUACUACCCGUGUGGGUGAUGGACCGUUCCCAACGGAGCUGCACGAUGAAAUUGGAUCGCUUCUGCAGAAGCGUGGUGGCGAAAUCGGUGUUACCACAAAGCGAGUGCGUCGUUGUGGCUGGUUGGAUUUGGCAUUGCUCCGGUAUACUGGCAUGGUGAACGGAUACACCUCGAUUUGCCUGACCAAGCUGGACAUUCUGGAUACGCUGAAGGAGAUCAAGGUGGCUGUGAGUUACACCUUGCGGGGCGAGAAAAUUGACUAUUUCCCCGGCUCGAUCACCGACCUGGCCCAGGUCGAAGUCAAUUACAUUACCAUGCCGGGCUGGCUCAAAUCGACGGAGAACGUGCGUGACUUCAACGAACUCCCACCGGAGGCGCAAGACUACAUCCGGAUGAUCGAGAACGACCUGGGCGUGCCGGUCAAAUGGAUCGGUGUCGGCAAAGGCCGUGAGUCGAUCAUCAACGUAAAAGAAUAAUGUUGAUCCGGACGUGGAAAGCCCCCUUCGAUAUAAGUGCCCGUUGUAUGUUUGUAUGUUUGUGUGUAUAUGUGAUCAAACCGAAAAUCAAGUAUCCUAAGCCGCUACUUAGAUAUGUGCUCCCAAUAGCAAUAGGUUUUGUCUUAAGAAUUAGUUUCUAACAUGCAAAAUGGAAAUGAAAAACACCAAAACAAUUAUCGAUGUCCAGCAUUCGAAAGCAUGUAAUGCUUUUCGAGAAAUAUGUGUGUGCUUAGAUGAGCCUACGGCUUCAAGCUGUGCGGCCUAGUUGAAAUAAUGUCUCUAAGAAAUAAUGCAUACAUAACUGCUCAUGAUUACUAAAUAGUUGUGGUACGAAGACCGAAAACAGUGAUGAUAAUUUCACGUCAUAGCCAUGAGGCAUUUUGUGCCGGAAUUGCAGAUACUUAACUAACUAUUACGCUAUUAGUUUUAGUCUCGUUGACCGACCGCACAAAUGGGUUGAAAACCUAUUGCGAAUAAAACAAAGUACAGUUAUACAGAAGGAUACCUAAACAAAGUUAACUGUUGAAACAGAUCUUAGAUAGGAUACACACAGAGGACAAUUCAACCGAAUUAUGGAACAAUAGAAGUUCGUUAAACAGUGAAUAUUGCUCCCAAAUUGCGAUUAAAUACAGAGGGGCGCAAUCUUUCGAAAGCUCGCAACACACGGUUACACACAAGCGUACACGAAAAUGCUGCGCAUGUUCUCAGCAGAUCUUGGCAGUGAAUCGCCCGAGAGUUAUUAAACUUGCUUCAGUUCAACAAUUUUUUUUCAGUUCUUACCAAACUUUUAGCCGGUAAAAGACGCAUAAUUAAAUGUGGUUUUAUUUUUCCUGCGUUCUAAUGGUAAUGUACAUGUUAAAUUUACGUUUAAUACAUUUGUAAUAUAGUGAUUCUACUAUUUUAA